AUGUCCUAUAACCAGUACGCAGAGUUUAUAAGAGAUGAAACCGAGCGCAUGAGUAAUUCUAGGGUGCAGCUUCCCUCAGAUGCUGGGCUCCAUCGCGAAGUCUCGAACACAAUCGCGAAGGCGCUACAGCAUGCCUUGGACUUGCAUCGGAAAGAAGUCUUUAACACACGAAAUCAGGACGACGUGCUGGCACAAGUCUUGAGCAAAGAGCAGGCUUUGCUGCGCGACGAACUCCAGCGCGUCAUGGCCCUCGUCGGCGAUCUUCCUCGUGAACAGAUAGGAUCAGACCUCGUCGACCUUCAGAGUGGUGGUGACAGUGGAUUUAUAUCUCUUGAACGGCUACUAGACGAUGUCGAGAAACUGCCGCGCGUUUCGCUCAUCGACGAGGAGGAUUCAGAGGGUGAGCCUCUCUUAAGAGAGUAUAAUGCUCUGCGGCACGCGCUGGGAGAAAAAGCCAUGGCAAUUCGCGAAGCGCAACGCUACCUGCCCAAAUUGAAGCGACAGGCCCGAAGCUGGCAACAAUUGCAAGGUGCAGUCAAAGAUGUACAUGGAGCGGAGAACGUAGAUGUCUAUUUCCAAGAGUACGAGUCCAAUGUGGCAACUCAGGCCCACGAAGCGUGCCGGUUGGCGGAAACUGCGCUCAAGGCCAAAGGCGCGCUUCCGCGCGAGCAACUCGAAAGCUUACGCCGCAUAGUCACUAUGCUGAGAGCAUUGCCUCGAAAUAGAAAAGGGAAAGUCGAUUAA